CCUUGCAUACUUCCAGUUUUGUUUUCUAUAUUAAGCUGGAGGCCAGAAAGUGGCGGCAACCUUCUUUAUCGGGUGACUUGUAUACAGUAUCAGGCACUUGCAGAAUUCAUCUGAAGUUAGGAGGCAAUUUGCAACGCUGUAGGUGUAGAGUUAUCAUUUGCAGCAGAGCUCCAGCCACGAGGUGUCUUUUGAGAGUGUCACUCAAAAUCAAAUAGAAGAUCAUUUCAUUACAGUAGCUGCAACACUUCAGAUGAUACUUGCUUCAGUCUGACUCGUCACCAUGCACAGCUUUGGUGCAUCCAGACAGGAAACCACCCUCUCCCUUGAUGUAAAAUUCAUUUGAAAAAGGACAUGAGUUUGUUAUCUGUUUCUAUCAAAAUCCAAUGGAUGCCAUGGCCAAUGAAAAGACCAACUCAUAAAUAUGAUAAAAGUAGCUGAAGAAGGCCCUAUACAUAAAUCUCUAAGAUUUGGAGAAACAAAUCCUAACAAGCCUCCAAAAGAAUCUUCGUAAGAUUUCUGGAAUACAUUUUUUACAUUGGAGAGAAUGCCAAGAAAACAGACAAUUCAUGGAUUCCACGUCUGCAGCUUCUCCAGUUGCCUUAUAUCCUCAUUUCCUUUUCACAAGGUUUCAAGGGGGGUAAAUCUUUAGCUGGUUACCUUACAUUUCCACCAGCGUCUCUGCUCCCUCCUGAAAAGCACCAUGGUGGCUGAUGGCCCGGAUUGCAAUGGGGAGAAUGAUUUCUCAAAGCGUUUCUAUGCAGUCAUGUACACCAUCAUCUUGGUUCCUGGGCUGAUUGGGAACAUUUUAGCCCUCUGGGUAUUUUAUGGGUACAUGAAAGAAACAAAGCGGGCUGUGAUUUUUAUGAUCAACCUUGCGAUUGCAGACUUGGCACAAGUUUUGUCUUUGCCGCUGAGGAUUUUCUACUACCUGUCAGAAAGCUGGCACCUUGGGAAGGAGCUGUGCAUGUUUUGCUUCUACCUGAAAUAUGUCAACAUGUAUGCAAGCAUCUACUUCUUGGUUUGCAUCAGUGUGAGGCGGUUCUUAUUCCUCAUGUAUCCCUUUAGGUUCAGCGACUGCAAACGCAUCUACGAUGUGUACGUUUGCAUUGCUGGGUGGAUUCUAGUCUGUGUUGGCUGCUUGCCUUUCCCCCUUCUACGACUCACCUCUAAUGAGACACACAUUAGUAAUAAAUGCUUUGUGGAUCUUCCAGUGAAGGCUGUUGAUGGUACCAUCUCUAUAGUAAUGAUGUCCUUUGGUGAACUAGUUGGAUUUGUAACUCCUCUGCUGAUCAUCGUCUAUUGUUCGUGGAAGACCAUCUUAUCUCUAAAAGAAAAAAAUUCAGUUUCCCAAGACCUUGGAGAGAAACGGAAAGCUCUGAAGAUGAUCCUGACUUGUGCCGUGGUCUUUCUGAUUUGCUUUGCACCUUACCACAUCAGCUUCCCGUUGGAUUACUUUGUGAAAGCCAACAAGAUAAAAGACUGCUAUGCCCGAAAAGUGAUUUUGAUAUUCCACACGGUGGCCUUGUGCCUUGCCAGCUUAAACUCUUGUGCAGACCCUGUCAUUUAUUAUUUUACCACAGAUGAGUUCCGAAGACGGCUUUCAAGGCAAGAUUUGCAGGACAGCAUUCAGCUCCAUAAUACACGCUAUGAAAAUACAAAUGGCCCAGAGCAGCAGACCUCACAUGGCUGUGUGGCAGAAAAUCCAAGUCAUACUGUUUGAAGUGGGUUAACCUGACUCUAUGGGCUUAAAACUCUACUGGCGUGGCAAGGCAAUGGUCUGGUCCCCUUUGCAAUCUGUGGACUAGCUGGCUUUCAUGCUUUGACCAGUGGAACUUUUGUGUUUUGCCUGCACUUCCACUGAUACUACUGAUUUUAAAUAAUAUUCAAAAUUAUACCAACACUUGUAUUUAAUUGCAUACUGGAACAUUAGCAUUUGACUAAAUAGACAUUUUUGCUUAUCCAGAAGUGACACAGUGCUGGUGCUUGGGGUCUUGCAAGGAGAUAUGGGAUUGUAUUCAACAUAGCGUUCAGCAGCUCAUUUCAUUGGCUCGGUGAUUUAUUCUUGUGCAAUGGAGCCCUACCCACCUCUUCUCCCCCUGCAUGCCCCCUAAAUCUAUUCUUGGUUUCCUCCCAUCCCUCCAGAUCAGAUUUGGGUUUGGUAUAGGGUACAUAUGAGGGGAGGAGGAAAUAGCAUUGUUCUAGUGCUAAUUCUUACAUAACUUUGAUAGAUACAACCCUAAACCCCAUUAUGUCCAAUAGUCACUGGCUGACUUCUCCUCCAUGAACUGGUUUAAUCUUUUUUUAAAAGCCAUCUAAGGUAGUGGCCACCCUCACGUCCUAUAGCAGUGAACUGCUGAUAUUCACUCGGAAAUACUAGCUGGCUACAUUGGCAAGCAGUGCUGAGGAAUGUUACAAAGUACUUUUAAAACUCACAGCUAUCCAUGGAGUCACAGGUUAAUUCAGUGUCCAGGAUGGCUAUCUACCAGCUCCACCUAGUACGUAAGCUAAGACCUUACUUGUCUGUGCAUUGUCUCACCACAGUGGUACAUGCACUGGUUCUCUCCUGCUUGGACUACUGCAAUGUGCUCUCUGUGGGGCUACCUUUGAAGGUGACUCAGAAACCACAACUAA